AUGUGUAAUAUAAUCACUGACGAGGAACGAAAAUUAUUUGGACUUGAAGAUCGGCAGAUCAAAUCAAUGAUUGAGACUGUGCAUGGCAAACGGCCCAAUGAUGCUUUUGUUCGCGAGCCAACACCUUGGAAUGGACUGUAUAAAACAUACCAUUGGCCAGAAGUUCAAAGAAUAACAACGGUUCGUAGUGCUGAGUUUAUAGAGUUCAAUCAUGUUCCAGUAAUUGUAUCCGAAGGCACGCUAAUCAACGAUAGUACCAAACCGGGUACAUUCAGUACGAAUUUAGCAACCAAUGUAACAAACAGCACUUCAACAACUUGGACGCAAACCCAUGGCAUUUCUGUAGGACAAAAAAUAUCUUACAGUGUUAAGUUUGGAAAUUUUGUGAAAUGUGGUGGAGAGACUUCAUUUCAAUAUAGUCACUCUUGGGGAGAAGGAGGAUCUCAAACGAAAACUACUUCAUCCGGUGUGGGUGCUAAUAUUUCGGUGCAACUUGAACCAGGCGAAAAAGUUCGUGCCCAGAUUAUUGCAAGCCGAGCAAAUGCUAAGAUAAAAGUCGAGUAUGAGUCUUAUUUGAUUGGUGAUAUUGCAGUUAAUUAUUGUCCAACACAUAAAGGGCAUCAUUUCUGGGCAUUCGACGUUAAUCGCGUACUAAAAGAGAACAAUCGGCAAAAUUUAGUGGUGUCCACUGAAACAAUCGUUGUUGAAAUGUUCAGCAAAAUGGAGGUAAAAUUAUGUAGAGACUAG